CAUUGAGUCAUGCCCCCGUUCUGGGGCCAGAGCAAACGGGGCUGGCGGACGCUUCAGAAUUGUCGGAGAACCACCCGGGCGACCAAACUUCCGCCACACUCAAAAUGGCGAUCACACGUCACCUCACUUCCGUUGGUGACCGGAAGUUGGGGGUCUUGCAAGUAUGGCGGCAUCGAAGGUGAAGCAGGACAUGCCCCCGCCAGGGGGCUACAGCCCCAUCGACUACAAGCGGAACCUUCCUCGCCGGGGACUGUCGGGCUACAGCAUGUUCGCUGUGGGCAUCGGGGCCUUGCUCUUUGGCUACUGGAGAAUGAUGAGGUGGAACCGGGAGCGCAGCGUCCUGUGGCCCUGUCAUAUCUGUUCCAUACUCCCUCAGUGGCCCCAUUUGACCCCGAGUGGGUGUCACGGUUUCACAGGCGCCUGCAGAUCGAGGAUUUGGAGGCCCGGAUCGCCCUCAUGCCGCUCUUCCAGGCAGAGAUGGACAGGAGGACCCUGCAGAUUCUUCGGGAGAACCUGGAGGAGGAGGCUGUCAUCAUGAAAGAUGUGCCUGACUGGAAGGUGGGCGAGUCUAUGUUCCACACCACGCGCUGGGUGCCGCCCCUCCUCGAAGAGUUGUACGCUGUGCGCUCCAACGAGGAGCUGGACAACGCCAGGUUCGGCUUCUCCUGGUACCUGUAGGGCCCGAGCCCACGCCCACAAUAAAGAAUAAUCAAAUAAACGCCA